AUGUUUGGAGAAAGCAAAAGGAGCUUCCCACGCCCAGAGUUCGUGCAAUCGGAGCCCAGAAUGUCGACAACCGAAGCCUUAACGGACGACGAAUCCACCAUAAGAAGCAGCAGCGCGGCGUCACCGAUGAGUCCUUACUACUACGACCAGGGAAGGUUAAGCGGCGAAGGCUCACCAAUGAUGAUGUCACCGUGGAACCAAACCACCAGUUCCCCAUUCUCCAAACCACAAUGGUCACAGACUCAAUACGACGAUAAUGCCCCACAAAACGCACUCAUCGGUUCUCUCGUCCGCGAAGAAGGACACAUCUAUUCCCUCGCCGCGACCGGUGACCUCUUGUACACCGGCUCAGACAGCAAGAACAUUCGCGUUUGGAAGAAUCUUCAAGAGUAUUGCGGCUUCAAAUCUAACAGUGGUUUGGUCAAAACAAUCAUAAUCUCUGGCCAGAAAAUCUUCACCGGUCACCAAGACGGUAAAAUCCGCGUCUGGAAGGUUUCUCCAAAGAACCCCAGCGUCCACAAACGCGCCGGAACGUUACCCACGCUGAAAGACAUCUUCAAGAGUUCAAUUAAGCCCAGCAACUACGUCGAGGUCCGCAGGCACAAAACGGCUUUGUGGAUCAAACAUUCCGACGCCGUUUCGUGCUUGAGUCUCUCCGAUUGUAAAACCUAUCUCUACUCUGCGUCUUGGGACAGGACGAUUAAGGUGUGGAGGAUCGCCGAUUCCAAGUGUCUGGAGUCGAUCGCGGCUCACGACGACGCCGUGAACGCCGUCGUGUGCUGCGACGAGGGCGUGAUGUUGUCCGGUUCGGCGGACGGAACAGUGAAGGUGUGGAGGAGGGAGGCGCGUGGGAAAGGGACAAAGCACGCGGCGGUGAAGACGCUGCUGAAGCAGGAGUGCGCGGUGACAGCGUUGGUGGUGAAUCCGGAGGGGACGAUGGUGUAUUCGGGUGCUUCGGAUGGGAUGGUGAAUUUCUGGGAACGUGAGAAAGGUUUGGCGCACGGUGGGGUUCUGAAAGGGCACAAGCUUGCGGUGCUGUGUCUCGCUGCGGUGGGGACGUUGGUGUUUAGUGGUUCUGCUGAUAAGACCAUAUGCGUGUGGAAGAGGGAAGGGGUUAUCCACACGUGUGUGUCGGUUCUCACGGGUCACGACGGCCCAGUUAAGUGCCUCGCCGUGGAAGCGGAUAGGGACGCCGCCGCAAGAGAGAAUAAACGCUGGAUUGUGUAUAGUGGAAGUUUGGAUAAGUCCGUAAAGGUUUGGAGCGUUUCCGGGGAUAAUCAGAUGCAGCACGUCAGCAUGGGCUCUGAUGCUGACUCCUUGCCUUCUGAAUCCGAUGGGAGCUUCUCUUCGGGCCGGGUCAGCCACAACAGAAUUAACUGA